CAUCUGGCGUCGCGUCAGCCUAGCUGUCAUCAUCUCGUGGGCCGUCAACAGGUAGGCCAAUUGCGCAACCUCACCUGCGCUGCGCUGACGGACAGCAUUCUGCUCUGGCGAAGGGGGCGUCGCCAGCAAGCGUCGUGAAACCGGAACAGCAGUUGCGAGUUGUUGUCUCAAGCUGGAAAUGGAUGAAUCAGCUUCAUAAUAUAUGCCUUUAGCCUGCCUGACAGCAGGAAACCACAGGCAUGGCAUGGCCUCAUAUGAAGCGGCAGGGCCCCUUGCCCUCCUCUGAAAGCGUUCGAGCGUAUGGUUGCGUGUUAGAUGCGCGGUGUCCGAAGGGGUAUCGAACUCAGUAAAGCGAUCCCGACCUCGGUCUGAACCUGUGAUCGUGGUGUCAGCGCACCGUGACGUCCGUUGCGACAGAGUAACAAUGACGAGAAAGUCACUCACGUCCCCGAAAAUAGAAAUCGAGAGUGUGAGUGAUUGUCCCGUCAGCUCGGGGGUAAACACAAAGCAAGCAGCCCGGAGUCUUUCCCUCUCACCAAAAACCUUUAGUACCCGCCUCUCCGGGCCGUCCCGUCCCGGGAACAGACGCCCCCGCCACCUGCGGAGGUCCGGUACUUUCCCCCGACGGUAGUGGAGACCGAAUCAGACCGGGACGACAUGAAGACCGCCCCCGGUAUAUACUGAAAGCGGCGUACAGAAGGACACGAGAAAAGGCUUCCCAAAGUGAAAAAGGAGCUCGCUGUUUUACUUGGGAUCUGGUCGAGCGCCGAUUUUCAGGAACUUCAUCGUUCCCAGAAAUGCCCCGAAACAACUUGGACGAAACCAGGAGCCAAUGGGAACAAGGGCCGCGGCCGCCCUGGAUCACACGAUUGGCGGGAGGACAAAGCCCCGCCUCCUCAGGGGCGGAGUCAGACACAGAGAGCAGUAGCACUGAGAGUGAGGUCCGUACUAAACUGACAGGGGCGGGCUCCGUCAGGGUCUUCCCUUCCCCCUCCCUGAUCCAGCAGCGAAUCACAGAUAUCGACCAACGGAAGGAGGAGCUUAGGAUCCAGCUUCAGCUGGAGAUUGCCUUGCUGACGGGCGAGCUACAGACCGAAAGACAGCAGCUGGAGAGACAGCGAAAGACCCUGGAGGAGCAGCACAAGAAGCCCUCGGUCCCCCCCAGACCCACGGAGCGAGAUCGUUUGGAGGAGGAGAGGAGGCGAGUGGAGGAGCUGAGGAGGAGGUGGGAGGAGAAGGAGGAGGUGGUUUCGGGUCAGCCUGAGAGUCAGAAGGAACGGCUCACUCUGCAGCAGGAGAAGGAGGCGAUGGAGGCGGCGGUUCGGGCGUUCGAGGACUGGGAGUUCAGCAUCCUGGAGAGCGAGAGCAGGUUGGAGGAGGAGGAGGAGGAAGUGGAGGAAGAGGGGGCAGAUGAGGAGGUGGAGGACGCGGGAGGAGAUCUGUCCGUCCAGCAGCAGCAGGCGAUUAGCUAUGGACAGGAGCACGUCCAUCAUCUGGAGAGGCAGUUGAAGGAGGUGGAGCGAGAGAAGGAGAGGGAACUGAACGCCCUGAGAAGAGAGAAGAGAGACCUGCUUCACACAACCCAGAUGAUGCUUAAAGAGAAGAAGCCGCUUGCUGAUUGGUCGAAUAUCACUGGCUCCGCCCCCUGCAUGAUAUCCCUGUCGCCCGUGGCCAACAACAAACAAACCAAGGAACCUUGUCAGGAGUUCUCCAGUUUACCACGGAGGCGACAUCCCCACGGCAACCAUCUCCAUGACAAACAUCACAAUGAGAGGCCUCUCUCAGCUCAAGGGUUUAUUCGCUCUCGUCCGGACCAAAGUCCCGGCUUCAUCUCCUCAUCUCUGAGACUCACCAAGGGCAAUCGGGUCUCUCAGAGGUCCUCAUUUAGCAGCCGAAGUGUCGGCGUGCUAAACGCUAACAGCAGUAGCCGUAUAGCAAGUCAGUCCCCGGGGCUGGGCGACCUGCUGGAGAUGGAGAGGAGGCUGCAGGCUGCCAGGGCUGAGAGGGAGAGACUGCUCAGAGAGAGGCAGGUGCAGCGGCGGUUGGUGGUUGAGGAGUUCAAGGAAGAGGAGGAGGAAGAGGAGGAGGAGGAGCAGGCGGAGAGGAGGAGGCAGAAGGAGCACAGUUCUCCAAGAACAGACAUUAUUCAUCUUCCAGACAAACCCCACCCCCAGAGCCCUGCCCCCUCCAGCUCAAGCCCCGCCUCUUCGGAGAUACCCACCAAUCAGAUCACUUCAGAUCAGAGCCAUGUUCCCCUCUUCCUGGCUGUGAACUUUGACCUGCGCGUGCACGUGGAGUCGCUGGGUCAUGGCGUGUCGGGGUGCCCCGGGCUACGCAUCAGCAGUCGCCGGUGCGCUGGCUUCCUCACCAAGAGGGGGGGGCGCGUCAAGACCUGGAAGAGGAGGUGGUUCCUCUUCGACAUGGACCACCGGCGACUAGCCUACUACACAGAUUACGACGAGAGGAAGUUGAAAGGUGUGAUCUACUUCCAGGCCAUCGAGGAAGUUUACUACGACCACCUGCGCACAAGCUCGUCUUCCAAACCAAGCCUCACGUUCUGCGUGAAGACCUACGAGCGCCUCUUCUUCCUCGUCGCGCUGAGUCCGGAGGCCAUGAGGAUCUGGAUGGACGUCAUCGUCACGGCAACAGACGAGCACAGUCGUUACUGACCCCCCCCUAAGGAUGGAUGAUGCACUUCCUGUGGUUACAGGAAGGGACCCAGGUGCUGCAGCAGAUCCCAUCCCCCUGUACAGUUAACGCCCCCGCUGGUCUGACUGUGCGCCCCUGGAGGCCACUUUAAGUAUUACAUGAGGGGCGAACACUACAGGGAUUUUGUAUUUUUUUUAUUUUUCUGUCAAAUAUUGAAUCUACGAAGGAGGACUAGGUGGAUUUUUGAGUGGAGUUCUGAGUAUAAAGUCGGAAUUCUGAGAAGGAAGUCAGAAUUCUGAAAAUUAAAGUCAGAGUUCUGAUUUUAAAGUUGGCCCUAAUCCGGUUCUGUAGGAAUCAGGGAGCGUUUACACUGCCAUGGUUGGUUACUUUAAAGUGAACGUGAUAUGGAUACAACUUUUAAAGCUAUGAAUACAUUGGGUUACUGUGUGCUAUAUUUUAUGAAUGAACGGACAGGUUUAAAUUUAUAUCAGGUUGUAACUGGGGAUAUGCAUCCUAUCUGGGGCUUAUAAAGAAUAUUAUCUUGCAUGUAAAAAUGACAAACUGGUACAAAUAAAAUGUUAUGAAACGAAAAUGUCCUCCGGAAAAAUUGUACUUGGCACAAAAUACUUAAACCCACAAUACGCCAUGAGUGUUUCACAGCUUCUCAUCACUUCCCUCUGAGCUCUGGCAACGGGUCCUGGUGCAGACACCGUGGUUUGUGAAAAGGAAGGUCACCAAGAACUUCCUUUUCACACACCGCUUGCAACACUUACUGCACUAUAUUGACCACACUAUUUAUUAGUAUUUAGUUUGGUAGACUAAAGCUAGAACUAGUAUCGUUUGGUAGAUUAAAGGUGGCUAGUUUGUAGUUUGUUAGGAAAAAUGGUGCGACUAGUCAUUUGCUAGAAUAAAGGUGGUUAUUCUGUGUGAUAGAAAUAAUGUGUGCCCAGUAGUUUGACAAGAUAUAGGUGGUUAUUAUGUAGUUCUGUAGAAUAUAGGUGAAAAGGAGGUUUCUAGAAAUGUCUAGGCGCUGGCUUGAGACCAAUGGGGGUGUUGGUGAGAUCACGGGGUUGUCCAGUCAAAGUUCAAAGGUUUUAUUAUCCAAAAGGUUCCAAAAGGUAUGAGCAGGACUGUAUGGAUGUGUGUACAUGUAAGAAGUAGGUUGGUGUGUAGGUAUGUGUGUGUGUAGGUAUGUAGAUAGGUGUGUGUGGUUUCUAGGAAGCAAACAAAGGGUACAACAAUCAGCUCCACAACUUAUUGCCACAAUUCAGUAAAAUAAUACAUAUUUUCCACAAGCCUUAUAAGAUAAAAUCAUGGGGAGCUAUUCCCUCUACCUGCCCCUAACUCUUAGACUAUAUUCUACGGCCUUCAGCCCGAUAGCUGGCUGGGUUCUGCUGGAA